CAAAGAUGGUAACAAGCGGUUCCAAGAUACAAUUUUUGUUGUCGUAACCAAUACAGUGCCCAGUCGGUGGAUACUUUUUUCAAUCGAGGAAAGCUAGUCCUAUCCUACGGUGCGAUGCUAGUAACAGUAGUAGCUACAUUAGCUAGUUCUAGCAUGUCUUGUGUAGAAUGAUUACAUUGUUUACGAAUAGUCAACUCAUUUACGGAGGAAGGAAGCACGCUCGCUGGUAUGGAGCACACCGAUUCGAGUUGCCGAUGCGGAGGAUGCUUCGACGGGUUGCUUAACAGUCGGUGUAUUCCCGAUGCGGUACCGCUCGCAGUUUCUUGCGUGGCUUUUGGCUUGGGAGGGUGCCGGGGGUGCCAUCGCGUCCGCACGCCGGUGCGGACGGGAAGCGGAAGCGUGCUGCCACCGCGGCAUCCUCCGUCGCGUCCGGAUCGGGUCGAAACGGAUCGGGCGGGAGCCUUCCUCCCCGGGGACGACGGACCCCCGCUUGCCGCAGCGGUGCCACGCCACGGGCACCGGCCGUUUCUUUGCAACGACGGACCGGGCCCUAGUCGCCCGGGGGAACCGACACCGCAACCGCUGCCUCCGAGACACCGGGUGUGUGUGUGUGCCCGUCCCCUAUGCCGAUGCUCACACGGCGGGUCCGGUCCCCGUCUCUGCAGUGUUUGCGCCAGGAUCCAAAAACAGAAUCGUGUCGAAAAAGAGGAAGGACAACAUCCCCCCGGCAGCCAAAUACCAAUGAAAUUUACGCGUUUUAUUCAUAUCAUUUUCAUAACGCUCGUUUUUCACUUCAUAGCAAACUUCUACCGUAAGAAAAAAUAAAUCAUUAUUCCUUAGUUUUGAUAUGCAACUAGAUUUUUUUGUUUCUUUUUUUUUGUUUCACGCCUCAAUGGGCGGGCCGGGCAGCGCAGCCGUGUGUCUUUCAGCUCCUGAACAUGAAUUGAUUGGAAUAGUGUACGCAACUAGAUUUUUUUGUUUCUUUUGUUUUGUUUCACGCCACAAGGGGCGGCUGGAUAGCAUUUUUUGUUUUUUUCUUAACAUGCAUUGAUUGGAAUAGUGUGUAAUAUUUUUUCUCUUUCUAACAAAUCUUUUUGGGGGAGAAGUCUCAAGUCUCGGUGUCUUUUCAAGCUUGUCUGAUUCUUAACAAACAGCGGUUCUGAGCAGAACGGGUGUUUGUUGAAAAUCAGACCAGGGCGGCAACGGCAAGGGCUCCGGCGGCGGUUGCAAUCGAGAUGCUGGAUACAGCGCCGGUGUCUGCUGCCGGAGCCGCUAGAUCUCCAAAGAUGGAAUCCACAUCUUCGUCCUCUCGCGAGACAAGAAUCUUGGUGCCGAACGAGAACUUGGUUACCUCCUUCUUACCGCUUUCUUGGAGGUGGCGCAAGCGAUCGCGGCCGUUGGUCGAGGGGUCAGAAUAGCCCAUGGUCGCAACGCCUGCGCAAGAAAAAUCGUGUGUGACGCCAUCGCCAUUUGCAUAGCUACCAUAAAAAAUUUCUGGAGUAAGUACGGUUUUGAAAGCUGCAGCAUGAGUUCCUGCAUUCUCUAAAUCACCCUGGUCAGUGAUCCGAAUGUAAUCGUCGACAUC